UACAACACAUGCUUUGGACUUGUUCACGGGAAUCUAAUAGUUUUCCAAGCCCUGUUUCUCCGCAAUGGCCAUUGGCCAAUGAGGUUUAGAUAUCCACAGUUGAACUCCAUUUUCUACAUGCGUAAAUUUUGAUGUCGUGUGGCAUCCUAGCAAACUGUAUUCCUGCAUUGUCAGAAUUUCUUUGUGCUUCUUCCAUCCGGAAGAUAAGUUUCUGGGAUAUGUUGGUGAAGCUGAACAAAUUUGAAGCAGAACCCUAAUGUAGUUUCGUCUCUGGGCGUAAAUCAUCAUCUCCUUAGGCGCAAUCUUGCAGAAUUUCUCUUUCUUUUUCCUGAUAAAUUUUCAUUAUCUGUGACUGCUUCUGGACUCCAUGGACUUGGGGGAAUGCUAAUUUGACUUUCUUCAUUUCACUCUGAUCAGGAAUGUGGCCUAUACUUACUCUCUAUGUUUCAUGUCAAGCUAUUAAGAUGAGUUGGGGGCUGGGCUAGGACGGGGUGGGUAAAUGAUAGAGACUAGAGUUGAAACGAAUUGAAUUAGGGGAUGUAAGAGAGAUGGGUUGUAAAAUGGGCAUUUCUCUUCUGCAAACAGUAUGAAGUAUGAACUAAAGUACACUGAUUCAUGAAUUGAUACAUUGUUCAGCUUUUUUAGGGAUUAUUGGUAGAUUAUUGUUAUUAUUAUGUAAUGAUUAUUUGAAGCUUCUUGUUAUUUUGAUGGAGUAGAUAGUUAGGACUUGGGAUGAAAUGAAUCAAAAAAGCAGUUUCAAGUGGUACACGGGUACACCAAAGUAACUGGAUGUAGUGUUGUGUAUUUCUUUAUGUCUAAUUGUUUGUAUGUUUUUAGGUUCAACUAAGAUCAAAAUACAAUGAGCAAUGCCUCCAGAUUGAGUAGUCUAAGAUCUUCUUUCUCAUACUGUGUACAACAAGUAAGAAACUAUGAUUACCACAAUUACCUUUGUCUGCUCGAACUGCCCCCUGAAAUGCGAAGAGCUGCAUUUGCACUUCGUGCCUUCAAUGUCGAAACUGCCAAAGCUAUGGAUGUUGCUUCUGAUCCCAGGAUUGGCCUAAUGCGCCUUAUCUGGUGGCAAGAUGCAGUUGACAAAAUCUACGCCAAUAAGCUGAUUGAGCAUCCUAUAGCUCAAUCUCUAUCAUCUAUUGUAGCAGAGCAUAAAAUCAGUAAGGCUUGGCUGAAAAGAUCUAUUGAUGCUCGUAUUAAAGAUGCGCAAAGGGAACCUGAUGAAACCCCCAAGACUGUGGAAGAGCUAGAGAAAUAUUCGGAGGACACGCAAUCAACUAUCUUAUACACAACACUGCAAGCUGGUGGCAUUAAUUCUACAGCGGCCGAUCAUGCUGCUUCUCAUAUUGGUAAAGCUAGUGGGCUUGGUCUACUGCUGAAGUCUUUUCCAUACCAUGCUAGUCGCCAGCGAUUAUUUGCUUAUAUUCCUUCCGACAUUGCAAUCAAACACGGACUGUUAAUCGAGGAUGGGGGUCAGACUGGGAUCAGAAUGGAUUCCCGUGAGGGGCUCAGUAAUGCGGUCUUUGAGAUGGCAUCCUUGGCAAACACACAUCUACAGAAGGCGCGUCAGUUGGCUAAAACAGUCCCUAAAGAGGCUAUUCCUGUGCUCCUCCCUGCAGUUCCAACUCAAGUGCUCUUGGAUUCUCUGCAUCGGGUGAAUUUUGAUGUUUUUGAUUUGAGAUUGCAACGUGGUGUUUUGGGGAUUCCUCCAUUAUGGUUUCAGUUAAAAUUAAAGUGGCAGUCAUGGAGGGGGAAAUAUUGAAAAACUUUUUGUUGUAAGAACAUGAACAAAAUUGCUAACUAUGUUCUGUUUAAAAACAUGUUGAGCAGAGUUAGUCAGUCCACAGGCUUAUAUUAUAUACCACUACGGUUACAAUCAGGAUUGAUUUGCUUGAGUGUAAUGUAGCUGACGCUAGAAUAUUUUAUGAAUUUGAUAUUUCUGAACUUUCAGACUCGUAAUCCCUAUAAAACGAGAAUUUUGGAGCUCAAAUUGUGUAAAAAUCUCAUAUAUUGAAGUUGUGAUUCCCUGUUCUAAA